AUGGCACCAAUCCACCGCAUAGCCGUAAUCCAAUGGCACAUCAAAGACCUGGCCAUGGACGAGAACCACCAAAAGGCAUGCACCUACAUCCGCGAAGCAGCCUCCCAAGGCGUCAAACUAGCCGUUCUCCCAGAGUACCAUCUAAACGCCUUCCCCCCAACAAACCCGCUCUACCUGCCGCAGACUGACUCCCAGAUAACCACCAAAUACCUCCAAUCCUACCAAGCCCUCGCCAAGGAGCUCAACAUCUGCAUCGUCCCGGGUACAAUCGUCGAAAACCACUCCUCCACCAGUACGACUACCAGUACCGAUUCCACCGACCCCAUCCUCUACAACACAGCCUACUUCAUCUCCAACGACGGCAGCAUCCUCGCCUCCUACCGGAAAAAGAACAUCUGGCACCCGGAACGCCCCUACCUGACUUCUUCGGCGUCGGAUCCACACGUUGCCUUCGAUACCCCCAUCGGCAAGGUCGGGCUGCUUAUCUGCUGGGACUUGGCCUUUCCGGAGGCGUUUAGGGAGUUGAUCGCUGCCGGGGCGGAGAUGAUUGUUGUUCCUACGUUUUGGACGAAAAACGAUGCCUCAGCUGCGCUCCGGGCGAGGAAUCCCGACUGCGAGAAGCUGUUUCUGGAGUCGGUGCUGACGGCGAGGUGUUUUGAGAAUACCUGUGGGGUUGUGUUUGCGAAUGCGGCGGGGCAGACGGAGGGGGAUGGGUUUUUGGGAUUAUCCAGGGUGACGAUGCCGGGGGUCGGGGUUGUAGGGUCUCUGGGGUGGGAGGAAGGCGUUUGUGUGGUGGAUGUUGAUAUGGGGUUGGUUCGCGAUGCGGAGGAGAAUUAUCGGGUCAGGGAGGAUCUGGGGAGGGAAGGGUGGUAUUAUUCUUAUCGGCAUCAGGGGCGGGAUUAG